AUGGUGUGGAAAAAUACGGUCUUUCGUGAAUGGCUACGGGCUAUUUUAUGCUGUAAGCACUUGAGCAUCUUGUGUAAACAACGUACGUACUAUGAUGAAGCUGAUUUGCGCACAUUGAGAGAACUCGAGCAACCUCCACAUCGAGAGAGAGUGGGUAUCAAUGGAGCGUAUCGUUUAUACCAGUCAAGACGUUCGCGUUCGUCCUUACGCUUAACGUCAUGGCGUGAGGACAUUAAACGUGGUGAUGGUGAAGACAAUCGAUUGCAUCAUAAACUAGCACAGAUUCGAGCAACGCAGCAGAAUCGAUGUCACCAAGGUCAAGCAGUAGCUACUGUUGCAACUACGAGUCGAACGCCAAUCAAUCGAGCAAUCACGACCUGUACUGUACCAUUCAAAAUUCACGUGGUGGGAAUCACGGACCGCGUGGAUGAAUCCAGUACGCCGUCAGUGGUUGUAUCGCCAUAUUCGUCUGAUUUUACGCUUGAUAUGGAUGACGGGUCGGUGUAUGAAUUGGUCGCACCGACUCCCAAGAACGAGGUAUCAGGUCGAUCGGGUCGACGAUCGGUUGGUAUCGGUGAGGAAGAGGAGAAAAUUGAGGAUACGACGUCCUAG